AUGUUUAACCUACCACUCAGAAGCCUACCACGGGCGAGCUGGGGUAAGAAACUGUUGCAAACCCAUUUGUUUGGGUCUGUAAGCUUUUUCAGCACCGGAGCUCGAACUCUGGCCACAGAACCUACUCCAAGGAUUACUCAAGCCGCUGGUGACCUUACUGAUUUGGAGAAACAACACGAAAUCAUUGCUAGACAGACGAAGCUUUCUAAGGAGACGGUUCAAUUGAAAAAACUAAAACCUACAUCUCCAGGUUUGAGAUGGUGGAGGAAACCAAUGUAUCCUUAUUUAUGGAAGGGUAAACCUGUUCGAGCCCUGACGAAGACCAGAGUCAGUAGAUCGGGAAGAAACCACACCGGACGAAUUGUCGUUAGACACAGAGGUGGAGGGCAUCAACGUAGAAUCAGGUUUAUUGACUACCACCGUAAAGAACCGGGUAGACAAACCGUGGUAAGAAUUGAGUACGACCCUAACAGAACUGCUCAUAUCGCUUUGCUGAAACAUAAUGAUACCGGAAACCUUAGUUACAUCAUUGCUUGUCAAGGGUUAAGAGAAGGUGAUAUUGUUGAAUCGUUUAGAUCUGGUAUUCCUGAAUAUUUGAUGGAAGAGAUGGGCGGUCGUAUCGAUCCAGCUAUUUUGAACGCAAAAACUGCUCAAAAAGGAAAUUGUCUUCCAAUCUCUAUGAUAGCAGUGGGCACCAUCGUCCAUAAUGUCAGCGAGACCGUGCAUGGUCCUGCUAAGUAUUGUCGUGCUGCUGGAGCAAAUGCCAGAAUCGUUAAUAAAAUCCCUGAGAAGCGUAAGGCUGUGGUUCGUUUGCAAUCCGGUGAAGAGAGAUAUGUUUCCAUUGACGCAUGCGCUACAUUGGGAGUAACUUCUAAUCCAGAUCAUCAACAUGAAAGUCUCGGUAAAGCCGGUCGUUCCAGGCAUAGAGGAAUAAGACCCACUGUGAGAGGUGUGGCCCAGAAUAAAUGCGACCAUCCUAUGGGUGGUGGUAGAGGAAAAUCCAAGUCCAAUAAGCUGUCCAUGUCGCCAUGGGGUGUAUUGGCCAAGGGUGGUUUCAAGACUAGAAGAGGAAAGAACAUCAACAAACAGAAGGUCAGAGAUAGACCAAGAGGAAAACUUUCUCAACGCAAUUAG